AUGGUCUGGCCGGACACAAUACGGGCGUCGGUUCAGGCCGCAGUUGAGGGCCAAGAGAUCGCUUUGCUGGAGCGAGCAUUUCAGUGCCUCAAAGAAGCUCUACAGGGCCGAGUGGGAACGGAACGGCCCCAGCGCGACCUGAUAAUCCAUUGCGCCGAAGCGGCCAUCGGGCUCGAGGCGCAAGAGAUUGCCUCGGAAGCUUUGCACGUAUUUGACGCAGAGUCGAGCCAUGUUGAAGAUGAGGAUGGAAAGGCACUGCUCAUGCAGUGCAAAGACCAGUUCUGGGUGCGGAGCAUGUACGCCCGCGGACUUCUCAAGGCCCUUUCGACGCGUCGUGCCAAGGGCCAGGAGCUCGUCGACAGCACGCUUCAGGCCGCGAACCUGAUCAUGGCCGGCAUGCGCCAAGCAGGCACUAACCCCCGUUACAAAUUCCUGGUCUACAACGGGUCCGUGCACUUUUGGCACUGUUCGUGGCCCCUGCAUCGAGCAGGCCUGCGCCAUCAUGUCCUCGCUAUGACGAAGGAGUGCUGCGCGCUGCUGCAGUCGGUGGCAGGGACCAGCGAGUGGCGUGCAAAGCUGCUCCUGGCACUCGCGCGGUGCCUUGCCGAGGCGGAACAGGCGGAAGAAGCCGUCAAGGUGUUGGAAGAAGCACGUGUGCUACUCGCAGGGGUCCUGCCGCCUCCUCCGCCGAAACUGGAAGACAUUGCCAAGGAGAUGAAGAAGAAAGGCGGCGACAAGGACAAAGGGGCCACGAACGCAGCAGUGGAAAGGGCGGCGAUGCUCGCUGCCGCAGAGGCUGCGGCAGCAGCGGCAGCCGACCCCGCGGUCGCACGUGCGAAGCACUUGAUGCACGAGGUGGUGGCAACCAAGGCGCACCUGAUGAUCCGCAUGGGCAAGGCGAAAGACGCAGUGCCGGUGGACGACAAAACCGAGGAUGUCAUCAAAGCGGUGGCCUGUCUGCAGUCGGUCCGCAGCUCUCCGGAGAUGAGUGUGGAGGAAGUGGAGCAACAGCUGCAACGAGCGUGGGGCUACGUGGACGCCGAGGUGGACCAGCCUCCGCAGCUGGCGAAUCUCGCCGUGAUUGCUGCUGUGUCCUGGGUGGCAGCGAUGCGUGGCGCGCUGCUCCUCGCCGAAGAGACGUCGCGACGCGCACAGAGUUCGCAGGAGGUGCUAGUCAGGUGCCGUGCAGAGCUUUCCGGCGUGCUGGUGCGCCUGCGAAAGCUGGAGAGCGCCAAGGGCGACAAGCUGACUGAAGAAAAUAUCAAGGGGCGUUGCGCCGUGCUCGCUGCGACAGACCAGCUGUGCUCGCAGUUUUUGCGCAUGGGGGACCCAACGGGGGUGCAGGACUGCGCGAUCCUCGUGUGGAACGCCUCCCUGCCGCUGCUCCAGCACAACCUCCAUCAUCACGUGCGCAAGCCGUUUCUCGCGGCGUCACGAGCGCUCGCGGCCAUCCAGUCGCCACUCAAUCGCCUGCGCGCACAGCUACACUUGGAAGUGGCCAAGUUGGACAUGGAGGACGACGCGCCGAUCAAAGCGUUGGAACAAGCAAAUGCUGGCCUCGCGCUCGACUACCAGGCGGAUGAUGGCGAAAAGGCCCGCACCGGUCUUGAGCGCCCCCUGGAUCGCUUCUUGGAACCCAUCAGGCGUAGUUUGUACUUGAAAACCACCAUCCAAGAGGAGGGCGGUACGCUGGAGGAACUCGUCAUCGUGCUCGUCGAGCGCGCGAAGGACGUCAAGGGACUUUCUGCGAAGCAGGACCUCUUAGAGCGCGCAAUCAAUCUGUACCGGGACCUCGAUGUGCCUGUGGUUCAGUACAAGGAGGGUCAGCGGGCUACCGACGCCCUCCUGGAAGCCAGGCAGCAGUGCGGCGUGUGGCUGUCGAUUCUGCAUGUGGCGUGGGCGGCCCGCCUUCAUCGCCCUGUUCUCCUCGCGGCACCGUACGUGCUCGCCUUCCGAUGGGACCCGGAGCGGGACUGGGAGCUCGCAGCACAACAGGCUGAGGCGUGCUACAUCGAGGCCGAAGCUGGUGUCCUGGCGCUGCGUGCUGAGGGACUUUCUUUGAAGACCCCUGUUCAGGCUGCCGCUGCUGCCGCGGAAAGCGCCGGCCGCAUGGCGCGCCUCGAGACGAUGAGGGGCAUCGGACAGGGGCGCGGUGCCCAAGUUCGGCCCGCGGCCUUGACGCGCGACGCCAUCUGGGCGCGCAUUCCGGAAUCCAUCGCACAGGGGAUGGACCUGGCGGCCGGGGCGAACCAGCCGUGGCUGGUCAUCAACGGCGGCAUCUACACGUGGCAGCUGUACAAGGACGCAAUCCAGGAGCGAAGGUACAACGAGCUCGAGCCCGUGGUCGGGCCGGUUUUCGAGCGGCUGAUGCGAGCGUCGGACUCGUCUCCGGGAGCCCUGAAUCUGCGUCUCGCGUGCCUGCUCGGAGCGGUGUACUGCUCGGCGCUGGAGCACACGUUCCUCGUGAAGAAGUACAAGGAAAGCGGAGAGAGGGAGCAGAAGCGCCCACCAUCUCGUCUUCCCAACGCGAAGGCCGGCGAUGGCGGCGACAGCGGAGCUACAGCAGCCGCCGUCCUGCCCUCCCGACGCGCUGAAGCUCCAAGCCACCAGCAGCUGCUGGCCAUGGCAGCACAACACGGAUGGCUCGCGGAGAACGACCCGGGCAUCGAGGCUGCCAUCAUUGCGUGCGAGAAGGUCAUGUCGUGUCUGGGCAAGGCGGCCCCCGAGCGUGUGUUUGUCGAAGCGUAUUGUCGCGUGCGCUCUCUCGCCGGACGUCCUAUGAAGAUGGACGGAGUCGGGGAGACGGCCGCGGAGAAGAGUAAGGGCGCCAAGCAGGCAAAGGGCGCCCCCGCCGCCGAGGACGACGCUGAUGACGGGAGCGUGAAGAUGAUGGCGGCACGGGUGGUAACCGCAAUUGGAAUUUUGGAGAGCAACGAGUUCAACAGGGUUGAGAAGGGAUCUGCCUUGACGCGCGGAGCGGGAGCUCUGGUCGAAAUGGAGCGGCAACAAGGCCACUCCGACGUCGAGAUGUGGGCGAAGCUCGCUAGGGCGGCACAGGGGGCGAACAUGCACUCAGAAGCCGUGCAGUGCGCGAAGCACGUCACUGCAGCACUUCUUGGCAAGAAGGAUCCACAGGAGAUCGACCUCAUCGAAGACGCCCCCGAGAUCAAGUCUGGGCACACGUGGUACUGGCUGUCGGUUUGUCAGAACGUGCUCAGCUCAUCCGUCCUCGGCUUGAUUGAGCCCACACAAGACAGCAUCAUGCAGGCUCGGCUGAAGAGGAUGGCCAUCAAUCACGCUGUUGCCAGCGCAAAAUUUGCAUCAUUCUGUGGACGCAAGGACCUGGCCAACGCAGCGGCGCGGCUGCUGUGGAACGCGUCCGUGGACUUUAUGAACAUGAACGUCACGCGGCGAACACUUGCCAUCCCCUUUUCAGAGGUGUCGUCGGUGCUAGCAUCCAUGGGGAUCGUCGAUCCGGACUUCGGCGUGAAGUUCUACCUGGCACUCUCUGAUUUCAUGAACGAGAACCAGCGAUUCGCGGACGGCCUCAUGUACUGCGAGGAAGCGCUGCGGAUUCUUCCAACGGACCAUCACUGGCAGCUGCUGGAAUGGAAGGUUCUGUUUGCAUCCAAGCUGGGGAGGGACGUCGAGGGAGAGAUCCUCCGCAUCGCAAGCUACCCACCGGAGACACAGGCGCGAGUCUGGUACACGCUGGCUGUCGAGAGCCGGAGCGCAGAGGACCAGACGCGCGGGCGCAAGAAGGCAGCGGAGGUGCUGAAGGAAAAACCGUGGAUGCAGGCGGAGUACAUCAUGGAGCUGGCCGAGUUCGUCUUGUACCAGGAGAAUAACCUAGACGAGGCCAGGCAACUCCUAAACAAGGCCGUGCGCAUGGUGGUCCGCUCCGACGACAGCGGGCAGCUUAAGCGCAUGCAGCUCCUUCAGCGGCCAGCACAGCUAGCGCAGCCCACGGGAGGAGCGAUCGGCGUGCAUGGUGAGCUGCGGCGGACACUUGCAGCAAUGACCAGCGCGGUGGCCACGGGUGCACAGCCACAUGCGAUCCUCGACCAGCAGCUGGUGGCAUCUGUUGGUGGUCCCGUGCUCGAUGGGCGUCCGGGGGCAUCGAUUGAGCCCUCGAAUCUCGAGAGUCUGGAGAGUGCAGAGAGCGACCUCAAGCUCUCGGAGGCGAUGCUGGCAGGGCUGCGUAGUCGCGACAACAUGUCGAACGCCGCAUUGCCGCCCUCCACGUACGCACCGACCGAGCUCGGGGCGGCGAGUCAGGCUGCAGCUCGCAGUGCUGCAGGAGGCGCAGCCACCACGGCGGGACGAUUCGCGCCGGGUGGGGCGAUGAGCAUGAUUGCUGGCGCCGCGGCGGGCCGUGUCGCGAUGACUGUUGCGCCCUCACUGGGGCAGCGCGCCGCCACGGCCACGCUUGCGGGCGGGUCAGACCGUGGGUCAGAUGACUUGUCGCGAUUGGUGGUGCGGCGUGAGCCAAAGACGGCACUGCUGACGGUGCACACCUUGGAAACUCUUCUCCGCUCACAGACGUUGCUUCUGGCAGCCGCGGCGACGUUUCCAGAACGGGCUCUCCUCGCACAAGCGGCGCAGAAUGUCGCAACUCUCCUUUUGCGGAAGAUGUUGGACGGCAUCAAUGAAGGCACUGCGCAGAUGCACGAGCUGCAGCACGAGCACGUGCCCCUAGACCAGACCCCCGACCCCCCUUAUGUGCCGUUCUGGGACGACAAUCUGAGCUGGGCGAACUUCACGGGCCUGCCCCCGUACGUGGUGGAUGUCGUACGCGCCGACAGCCGCGAGAAGCCCGAGGCGGCCCGGGCGGUGGAGCUCGCGCGCCCGCAGCUGGUCCUGACCUUUGUUUCGUACCUCAUCGACCAGCUCAUCGACUUGGCCCUGCCGCAGCAUGGCCUCCCGCUGUGUGCACUGCAUCACCUCGCGGGCAUUCAAGGCCAUCCGAGCCACGCCGUGCACCGUUCGGCCUUUCUGCGCAUGCACAUUCUGCUCGACUCCCUCGGAAUGGGCAGUGCCGCGGAGGAGGCGCUGACGCGCGCGGGCGACCUGUCCAUCACGCAGGAAGAGAAGGCUGCCUGUCAAGACGAUCUUCAGCACCAGGCCAUGUCUGGCGCCCUCGACGCAGCGCAGGGAUCGUCAAAGGCCGCCGCCAGUCUGGGCUUCCGCCCUCGCUCACCACCGCUUUCGAAGUCAGGCAGCAGCGGGUCGCUCUCCACGCUGGCUGAGCGGGCAUCGAGCAGCGGGUCGGCCUCCGGCGCGGGCCUCGUACGGCAGUCGAGCCUGCGCUCCAUGGAGCUGCAGAAGCUCGAAGCAGACAUGCGUGCCAUCGAGCGGGCGCAGGGCGUCGGCGACGUGGUGCGAGUGCUCGAACCGAUGACGGUGCACGACGUGUGGCUGCUGCGCGUGCGACACCUCGUUCAACGCGCGCAGUAUGGCCCGGCCAUUGAGAUCCUGCGCGAAGCCCUGGCUCACGCGGAGGCGUUUGGCGCCCAUUAUGGCGUGGCUUGGUGCCACGUGCAUGCUGCACGCAUGGAGGUCCUGGCCAACAACAAGAACUCGGCAUUAGAGCAUCUUCGGAGCGCGAUCCACAUAGGAGGGGGGCUGCUCUUGUGGCACGAGCUCAGCGUGACAGCUGGAGAGGCGCUCCUGAUGGACGCUACGGCACCUGGACAGAAUCCUGCGCAAGAGGCUUCCGAGUUCCUUGAAAGCGUGAUCGGAAUUUUCUCGCGCCUUCGCAAAGAGCGUCCGGAGUGCGACUGGCAUGUCGCGCGCAUUCUGGGCGACCUGCUGCUCGUCAAGGCAUCAGUGUCUGAAAAGCGUAUAGAGGAAGGCCGGCGAUCCCUGGUGCCCAUCGACUGUUCGCUGCAUUUCAACACGGGUCUGCAAAGCCUUCAGACGGCCGUCCACGUGUACAAGCCCAGCGGGGCGUCUCCGCAGCUGGUGUCGACACUGCUCAAGUUUGCCCGGUACCUGAUGGACGGUGGCACGGUGCCGGGGCGAUCGCUUGACGAGGACCCACGGCCGCGGCUCCGACAAGCGCUGAUGGCGAUCCGCGAGGCAGAGCAAGCGGCACGCGUCCUCCAUGUAGCCUUCUCCCCGACGUUGCAGUGCUCCACAUUGUCACCGCUCGCAUGCUCACCGGUGACGCGCCAGCUCGCCGAGGUCCGGUCGCUGGAAGCGCUUGUCGAGGUCGAGGUUGGGACGCUGACAAGGCUGCACGCGGAGGGCGACCGCCGCACAGCGCGCGCAAAGUUCCCUCGAAGCGCAGCUUCAGGAGCCGAUGAUGCUGCAAUCGAGGAGUGGCUGGACACGAACAGCUCGCAUCGCCGCGACGCGGGCCUGCCAAACUUCCAAAAGGCACUGAGCAUGGCUUCGAGUGCAGUGCACCUGGCCGGCCACUCGCACCCCCGUGCGCAUGCCGAGGCCUUAUUUGCGCAAGGCAUGGCACUUUACGUGCUCUACCAGCGCCAGGACGCCAUGAUCAUGCAGGCCGAGCUUGGUGAAGCGCGGGAACGAAAGCGCGAAGGAACCUCACGGGUCGCGGCGCAGAUGGCAGCCUCCGGCACGGGUGUCGUGCCUCCCGGCGUUUCACAACGCAUGGCCGAGGCAGACGCAGCCAGACAACAGGCGAUGGGGUACCUUGCCAAAUCGCGGCGGAACCUCGAAGCGUCGAUCAGCGAGGCCGUUGAAUGCCGGCAUCUCGAGCUGGGCCGACGCGGUUGCGAGGCAUUGGUCGACCUGCACAAAUCGCAGGGGGAAAACGUCGAAGCCUUUUCUUGGCUUCUUCAGGCGCAGUCGUUCCGCGCAGUCCAGGAGCUGGAAGGCUUGUACAGGUCCGCGUCUUCGCCACAAGCUCUUGAGAACUUGAAGUUGCGGCAGCGCGAUGCCCUGGAGAAAAACGUGGUGUGUCUGAAGCAAUCGCGAUACUACAACAAGACGCUCUCGGACCUCCGCGGUCUCUCGCCGAUGGCGGGCCUGCUCGAUGUGUCGCAACCCGUCAGCACGGCGCUGGCGGCGGCGCCAGAGGACCACGCCAUCCUGUGCAUGUAUCUCUCUGUGGAUGGCCGGCACAUGUACCUCGGUCUCCGGCUGCCCGGACCAGAGUACACGUGCUGCAUUUGUCAUGCGCGGGUCGAUCCGUCGUCUCUUCAGGACAUGGUGGCGAACUUCAAGCACUUCCAGCGGUUCGCAAACGACACGUUCGUCCAGGCCCGUAAUUUGCGGCAGCCUCCUGCCGUCCCUAUGGAGCUCGUCAUCGACCAUUUCCUGCGCCCUGAGUGGGACAAGGUCAUGUCUGGCCUCAAUGCAGUCCUGACACCGUUCAUAGCAAUGCUGCUAUCUGACUUGCCCGAAGAGGUCAUUGACCGUGUUCGAGAGCCACAAAGCGAAGAUGAGGACCAGAGCCCUCUCGAGCACGUGUCUGCGGGAGUGAAGACCGCGGAGGCUGCUGUGAAAAGCGCACGCAGUGGAGCGGAUGCUCUGGCGCAGGGCAAAGGCGGCAGGAGCAGGUCGUCGCAGGAGCAGAUGCAGACGGCAGAGGCGCAAGCGAAACAGGCCGACGCGGAGCUGCAUGCUGCGCAAGAGCGAUUGGAAGAGGCCGAGGGCAGGAAGAAGCCAGUGCAGUGGGAGAAGAUCCUUGCAGACCAGCCACUGCUGCUUCUGCUUGAUCCGCAGAUUGGCAGUCUUCCGAUCGAGCAGCUCUCGCUCGUGGCUGGUGCGGCGUCUGUCGGCCGGGACUUCUCGAUGCACUUCCUGUGCAAUCGGCUUGCUCUUGCGGCAAGACAGGCUGGAGGGUCGCCUGCGCCUCAAGAGACGAAGGGCGCGAAAAGUGCACCGGCCCCGCCGGCUGCGGGGGGUGGGACGGAGAUUGAUCUGGGCAAGGCGGCGACCUUCGCACUUUCUGCGCUGACCUACAUCGUGGACUUGCGCGCUGAGGACGAUCCAGGUGCGUUCGAGGGCCGCGCUUCGAAGGAUCUCAUCGCAGAGUUCUCGGAGGCGUACCUCCCGAACGUCGGAAAGUCCUGGGAGGGCGUCAUGGGCGGAGGAUCGAAGGUUGCCGGCGAGGACGAAUGUCUUGCACUCAUGGAGUCGGCCAAGGCGCUGCUGUAUCUGGGCAUGGGCCGCUUCGCUGCCUUCGUGUCUCCGCGCGCGUACUCCAGCAUCGACAUGAAAGGCUGUCGCCUGGCGAUCAUGGUCGGGGGAGUGGUCAACGAAGAGCUCGAUCGUCGGCAGGGCGCCCUGGAUGUGCGCAAGUUGCCGUGGGAGUUGGCAUCGGAGUCACCGUACGAGACGGCAGCCAUCCUGUCGCUCCGUGGCGUGACGACGGUGGUAACCAACAUGUGCACAGCACACCCCGACGUCAACGUGCACGUGCUGAAAGUCCUGCACGACAUGCAGGACCGUGGGGCCGGGGACGUGGGGCGCGCACUGCGGGCGCGUCUGCACACCUGUCCACCAGGUGCACCGCAUUCAAACAGCAACUUCGCCAUCUACGGCUGUCCCUUCCUGAAGCCUGAUGCUUAG